UUGUUCUUCUUGGUGAACCGAUCUCUGGAACUUCGUGAUUUGUCUCUUUCCGAAAAAGGGCUGCUUUUCUUUCUAGAUUUUAAUAUCUAGAGUUAUUAGUCUGAUCUUUUAACAGUCGAAUAUCCGGAGACCAUGUCUGCGUUCCCCGGUUCAAUAGCGUUCGACGAGUACGGCAGGCCUUUUAUUAUAUUGAAAGACGAAGAUAAACAGAAAAGACUUACCGGCACCGAUGCGGUCAAGAGUCAUAUUCAUUCAGCAAAAUCUGUUGCACGAAUUGUGCGGACUUCGCUAGGCCCCAAAGGGCUAGACAAACUACUUGUGUCUCAAGAUGGUGACGUGAUGGUAAGCAACGAUGGUGCAACCAUCAUGAAACAAAUGGACAUUGACAAUGAAAUCGCCAAGUUGAUGGUUCAGCUGUCACAGUCACAGGAUGAUGAGAUUGGCGAUGGGACCACCGGUGUGGUUGUACUGGCUGGCGCUUUGCUGGAACAGGCUGAGAUGCUGAUCGACAAAGGAAUCCACCCUAUCAGAAUUGCCGAUGGCUUUGAACUGGCUGCACAGACAGCGAUUGAACACCUCGACGACAUUGGUGAUGCAUUUCCUGUUUAUGCGAACAAUUUAGAACCUCUAAUUAAAACAGCGAUGACCACACUCAGUUCAAAAAUAGUUAACAAAUGUCAUAGACAAUUUGCUGAAAUCGCAGUCAAAGCAGUAAUGUCUGUAGCUGAUAUGAAAAAGAGAGACGUCAAUUUUGAACUUAUAAAAAUUGAUGGGAAAGUUGGAGGAAGGUUAGAAGAUACCAUGUUGGUUAAAGGAGUUGUCCUUGACAAGGACAUGUCUCAUCCACAAAUGCCAAAGGUCCUUAAAGAUGUUAAAAUUGCUAUCCUCACUUGUCCGUUUGAACCCCCAAAACCAAAAACCAAGCACAAGCUUGAUGUUGGCUCCGUUGAGGAUUAUCAUGAGUUGAGGAAAUAUGAAGCGGAUACUUUUGAGCAAAUAGUUAAUAAGGUAAAAGAAGUAGGAGCUACAUUAGCUAUUUGUCAAUGGGGUUUUGAUGAUGAAGCAAACCAUCUACUGUUAAAGAAGGACCUUCCAGCUGUACGUUGGGUCGGUGGCCCUCUCAUUGAGCUAGUUGCCAUUGCAACUGGAGGAAGGAUCGUACCAAGGUUUGAGGAGUUAACGCCAGAAAAAUUAGGCAAGGCAGGUUUGGUCAGGGAGAUUAGUUUUGGCACGACUAAAGACCGAAUGCUCGUAAUUGAAGAAUGCGCUAAUUCUCGUACUGUUACAAUUUUCAUUAGAGGAUCCAAUGAAAUGAUUGUCGAGGAGGCAAAACGAUCCAUGCAUGAUGCAAUUUGCGUCGUGAGGAAUUUGGUUUGUGAUAACAAGAUUGUAUACGGUGGAGGAGCAGCUGAGCUCUCCUGUGCUAUUGCAACAGCGAACAGAGCCGACAAGAUUGCAGGUCUAGAGCAGUAUGCCUUCAGGGGAUUUGCUGAAGCAUUAGAGUCUGUGCCUCUUGCUCUUGCUGAAAAUGCAGGUCUUCCUCCCAUGAAGACAGUCACAGCAUUGAAAGCUGCUCACAUCAAAGAUGAAAAUCCUGAUCUUGGUGUUGACUGUAUGGGGGUCGGAACAAACAAUAUGAAAGUCCAGCACGUGAUUGAAACUGUGAAGAGCAAAAAACAACAGAUAAUGCUUGCAACGCAGCUUGUGAAAAUGAUUUUGAAAAUUGAUGAUGUACGUUCGCCCAAUGAUCUCCAUCUCGGUUGAACUCAUUGAAUUACUAACGGUUAAAAUUUUUCAUUUAAGUUUCACACAUGCUUUCACUAAUUUUUUUCAGUGGAUCUAAAAACACUACUGUAUUUUGAGCUUUACACUUAUUAAUAGAAAAUGUUCUCUAUG